UACAGUCAAAUUCAAAAAUACUAGGCUGAAGAAGAUGAAUGAAGAUUUAGAACAAAUGUAGAGAGAUUUCUUCUUACUCCAAGCUCAAUAGUUUACCAGGUUUAAGCACUGUCUGGACUUUCACCCGAAAUUAUCUCUUUGUGAAAAUUUUGUUGUUAUAGAUUCUCAUCGAUAUCCGAAAAGAAGCCCAAAAAGUUGAACAAAAGUCGUGGGAUAGCUAAAUAAGAUACAAUCUUCAUUGUUAAAUCAUCGAAUACCCCUCAAGUUUUUGGGAAGUCCAGAGAGCUCAAAGAUGAAUCAGAAAUUGUUAAUGUAUCAGUGCACGAAGCCAAAAGACUUUAUUCGCAAUACGAUUGUGAAUAAUUCAAUGACCACAAGAGGAAAUUCAGUCAUUGAUGAAUACCUAAAUAAUCCAGUGGCAAAUAAUCUGAUUUACAGAAGUGUUAAAUCAAUAGACACAAAAGCUCAAGUUCAGAGUGGCAAAAAGCCAAGAAGCUCACUAGAAUACACUUGUAAUAUACCUGAUAAGAAGUUUGAUACAAGGAAAAUGAGGAUAAAGAGCAAAUUUAAGCGGAAUUUACAUAAGAAUAAGUUUAAAGCUCUGAAUUCGAGUCAGUAUAAAUCCUCCUCCGAAAUGCGCCAUUCAACAAUCUCUCAAGAAAUUUUCAUCAAGGAUUUGACUAAGAGAGAAGAGGGUUGAUUUAGAAAAUCAGAAGAGAGAUAUAACUCUAAUGGACGAGUAUUUCUCUACCCUCCUCAAUCAAAACCCUCUAUGGAAAUCUCUGGUACAAAUCCUUCUGCAGAUUUGGACAUUGUCAGACCCGAUCGAUUCAAAAGUAGCCAAAAUACCUCACCCAAUGGGAGUCCCAAGCUCCAGAACAGUCAUCUACCAUUUGAUCUCACCAAGACUUCUCUGUCUCAUCAUAAGUUCAGCAUCCCUUUGUCAAGCCAGCCCUGUCGUGGGCUUUUGAAAAGGCUUAAAUAAUGAUGAGAUUCCAGCAAUGAUCGCUAAGAAUAUCAAGUCGCUGAUGAUGAAACUCAAGCAUGAUCCCUCAAAGCCAAGUUGUUUUAGCCAAGCUAAGAAGUCUACUGUUGGAACCAAAAAUCGUGAUCAGAGCUGGGGAAAAGAGAGUCUUGUAUGAGUCAAUUUCCCCCUUAUUUCUAAAAUCUCUGCUCAAAAGAGAUACAGAAGAACCAAGAGAGAUAAUCAGAAUCUAUCAUUGGAUCCAGCUGCUUUGGAUAGAAAGGAAUCCAAGCGGCUUGAUGGAAGAGGAAAAGAUAUGUAUAAUCAAUACAGAGCAAAAAGAGAGAAGUUUAUCAAAAUUAAAGAAAACAUAUAUCAAGAGCCCCACGUAAACAGCGAUCAAGCACAGAAAGGUCAUUUCCAAGCAGUCAAACUAAAGCACUCAGAAAUCUGCUCUAACACUCGAUACUCAAAUGAAAAAUAUGGGGACAGCUCUUUCGCUGCCUAUAACUUCCGUAGCGUACUACCUUAGCUAAUCUGUGCUUUAAAUCCUUUGUCAUAACCCCGUAGGAUAUAA